AUGGAUAGAAAUGAGCGGAUCAGAGGAGAGUAUACUAUUCCUUUGGUUCCUGGCUCUAUUGAUCCAUCAUCAUCCUCAUCGCCUUUAGGUCGCCAUGUCUCACGGUCAAGGACUAGCAAUUUCGCUCGACAACACUACCCGGACUCUCAAGACACGAAUAGUACCGUCGCACGUGUAGGUCAGAUGGUUCCAAAUGUUCCAGCCUCCCAGAAACAAUCGAAUUCCAAAUGGAAUAACUGGUUUCGUCGCCAAGAGACUUCGAACAAGGAGAUGGGUGCUGGGACUCAGCGGUCGCCGGAAGUGCAGAUCAGCCCCGGGAUCAGCCAGAGGCAUCAGCAAGAGACGGAAUCGUCCUGGGCAGGUUUCUCAGAAGAUCUACCUUCAUUUCCAUAUUCGCAGGAAUCCACCAGUACUGCCUUUGACCAUUCUACGAAGCAACCUAUCAGUCAUGGUUCAGAAGAUACCUCAGAGGCUCUUGAUCGAUACGAGCAGCUGUUGGCGAUGGCUCAAGGAACCCAGAAGUACGACGGUUAUUCAUAUUCGGCGAACACCAUCGACAGUUUCACAGAUAACAGCGGUCUGAAUACGCUCAGCAGCCCUGGAGAGAGGAACAUGUAUCGAGAUAAUCUUGAUAAACGCCAGGCAGACCGCCUCGAAGAUGGCAACGUUACGAACAGUAGCUCCAGCUUGAAUCUCACCAGGAAGUUUGGGGACGAGAACACAAGCAACAGCUGCUUCAGCAGUCUCGCGUCUGGCCAGAUGGAUAACCCCACAGUCGACGCUACCGAACUCUGGGGAUCCGGUAGCUAUCAUCAUGGCGGCGAAAACACAAUCACCACCCCGGACCCUCAAAACCAUCAGCCCAUAUUAAGUAGCAGCAUAUCGAGUGGCAACAUCGCAAACUCCUGCGGCAAUUCAUGGUCGAAAGAAUCACUAUCUCUGGAACGCUCUUGUGAGGUUCCACACCAACAGAUCACGACACAGACCCUCGAGACUGACGAGGUAUGGCGGUCAUUUGUAUUCGGUGAUGAUAGUAGCAAUAUCAUUGAGUCCAUGGCGUUCACCCAAGCAUCGCGGGAUGCCGCCCGAGCAUUGCAGCCAUCUAGGUCUUCAAGCUUGUCGUGUACCAAGGGGCCACCGGAGAUGGAAAUCAACAGUACUGCGGCAACAGGCUGUCCAUUGUACACAGCUGAUAUUUGCCAGCCGUCUGACUCUGUUGAGCCAUGGUCUUCAUCAGACGUCCCAAGCCUCGGGGCCAUUGCUAGCAGUAGCAUUAUUGAGUCGGAUGCGGGAAUUUCUGCAAGUCACAUAGACGACAACAGUCAAGGCACUCCCCAAUCACAGAACGGGGGUUCCCAGAGCCAGUCCAUUCGUUGUGCAUCUAUCCUCAGUGAGGAGCCUGGCAGCAAUGUCCUUGAUGACCAGGGAUACAGACACUUAUCAGACGCCGAGCCUGACAGCCAGAACACGACCAGUACGGAAUCUGUCAGCCAGGAGUCUCCCCGUGGGGAACCAGGUAGGGCUCAUACAUCGGGAUCUGCGGGCUACGUGGGGAGCAAUAGUUCGGGAUCGUUACCCGCAUCUGUUGACCUGUCGUCUGCGGCGCCAGCUCUGGCACCCCCGCGGUCUGUGGGGGUCAAACAGUCAGGGGUCCAAGGAGUUGAAGACCAAACACGAUUUGCCCCACCAAAGCUCUUUAUGGGCAGCCGUUCACAGCUCCAGGAACGAAGCAAAGCGCCAGUAGUUGCCAGAGCUGCAACCAAGAGAAGAGGUCGGCCGAGGAAGCGAGCCGUUGAUGGCCGGGCUGAUAUUCGAAGCAUUCCGAAUUACUCCAGCGAUCCCAUCGAGGAUUUCGAGGAUCAACAGCCUACACAUACAUCGAUAUUUCCAGCCCUUGAACUUGCUUGA